GUGUAACCCGCGCGGUGAUUGGCUCCCGCCGCAUGAAGGGGCGGGACUAAAGAGAGGAGCGGCUCUAGGAUUGGCUGGAGAGCGGCGGGGAUCUGCAUGUGAGCUUGGAAGAGGUUGGACUGAAGGAGAGCGGCUUUGGUGAUUGGCUGACGUGCGCCGAAGGGCGGGGCAACAGAGUGCAUAAAAAGUGUUCGGCAAACCGCCUGUCUUGAUUUUCAGUUUUUCCGCCAUUCCGUUCGGUUCGUGUUGUUCCCAUUGGUGCUGCCAAGAUGUUCGAGGCGCGGCUGGUGCAGGGCUCGGUGCUCAAGCGAGUGCUGGAGGCCCUCAAGGACCUCAUCACCGAGGCCUGCUGGGACCUGGGCUCGGGCGGCAUCAGCCUGCAGAGCAUGGAUUCUUCACACGUUUCGCUGGUGCAGCUCACGCUGCGAUCGGAGGGCUUCGACACGUACCGCUGCGACCGCAACAUCGCCAUGGGCGUCAACCUGGCCAGCAUGUCCAAAAUCCUGAAAUGUGCAGGGAAUGAGGACAUCAUCACUCUGCGAGCCGAGGACAACGCAGACACCUUGGCCCUGGUGUUCGAGGCACCAAACCAGGAGAAGGUUUCUGAUUACGAGAUGAAGCUGAUGGAUCUCGAUGUGGAGCAGCUGGGAAUCCCAGAGCAGGAGUACAGCUGUGUGGUGAAGAUGCCCUCAGCUGAGUUCGCACGCAUCUGCCGGGACCUGAGCCACAUCGGCGAUGCUGUUGUCAUCUCCUGUGCCAAGGACGGCGUCAAGUUCUCGGCCAACGGCGAGCUGGGCAAUGGCAACAUCAAACUGUCCCAGACCAGCAACGUGGACAAGGAGGAGGAGGCUGUUACAAUAGAGAUGAACGAACCGGUCCAGCUGACCUUUGCCCUGAGGUACCUGAACUUCUUCACCAAAGCCACCCCCCUGUCCCCCACGGUCACACUCAGCAUGUCUGCAGAUGUUCCUCUGGUUGUGGAGUACAAGAUCGCUGACAUGGGACACCUGAAGUACUACCUGGCCCCAAAGAUCGAGGACCAACAAGAAGGCUCUUAACUGGAGCAGGACUUGUAGGGGGGGGGGUCUGCUCCUGGCUGGAGGCAGCAAUUCCAUCCAUAGCCUUGGAGCAUCCUGGGAGCACUGUAGCCGUGUCUUGUAGAUAUAUUUGUAAAUAUUUUUUCAACUCACUAUUUUGCUAUUCUGGUGUCAUUGGAAAUAGGAAAUCUGACUUUAUCUAAUCUGUUCCUGCACUCCAAACAAUCUCUUAGAUGCUGUCUGAAGGUGAAAUUUCUUCAUCCUUUCAGCUGCUGUUGGAGAAGAGGGGCAAUAUUUAAUGGGUCAAGAUACUCCCUGGAGUUUCCCCUGUGGAGCUGUAGCUUAGGGUUGCUGUUUUAUUAUCCCAUGAGUUUAUGUGACCUUACUUCAUUUAUUUUUGGAGCCGAUGUUCUGACUCAAACUUGGAAAAUGGAAAUAAAAAAUAUAACGUUA